AUGGCGGAUCUGCAAGCGCAGUUGGAGUGUUUGCAAGGUGUGUGGGACAUUUGCCAGACGAACGAUGAUCAGAAGCAUGUUUUGAUCAAGGAUUUGUUUGCAUAUGUGGACGAUCUGUCUGCUCGGUUGUCAGAAGCCGAGUACGAACUUCGUGACAGGAAAGACGUGAUCAAGUUGACACGCAAUCGUAUCGAGGAGGCCGAGAAGCAGAUCCAAGUUUUGCGGGAUGAGAAGGCUCGACAUGCCUUCGCAUCCGUUCUGAUUGAUGGUGAUUGUAUGCCGUUCAACGAUGACCUUGUGAAAUCCGGGCUGGAAGGUGGAAAGAGAGCAGCGGGCUUACUCAAACAAGCUGUUGAUGGAGAACUCCGAUCGUCUUUACCUGAUGUAGCCCGACAUGUUCAAGUAACCAUUCGUGUUUACGCGAACAUGAAGGGCCUGGCCAAGACUUACAGAGACGCGGAGGUUCUCCCGCAGAUAGCGUCGUUUGACGACUUCGUACGUGGUUUCAAUAUGGGCGAUCCCAUGUGUGAUUAUGUUGAUGCUGGCAACGGUAAAGAGUGUUCGGAUGAGAAGAUCAAGGGUAAGUCAUGUGUCACCCAGACGAUACGCCAAAUACUUACGGCUCGAAGCAAUGUUUCGGCACGAUCUAGCGGAUAUGCACUGCCAACAGAUACUGUUCGGCGGCUCAGCCGACAAUGGCUAUGCCCGGCUGUUGGGCCCAUGUAA